AUGGUCGAUGUUCCGGCUAGUCCAGGCGGCGAGAGCGGCGACCACAGCCCUCGACCCAGUUUCCAAGAGCAGGAACGGUACCUUCCAAAGGAGACCGUACAAGAAUGCUUUUCUGAGUUCACCAGCGAGCGAGCGAUAAAUGCCAGAAAGAAAACAUAUUUGAACAUCGACAACGACGAUUUACUUUGGGCUAUGGCCACUCUUGGUUUCGAAGAUUAUAUUGAACCUCUCAAGAUCUACCUCGCCGCAUACAGAGAGACUGAGGAUGAUACCAAGGGUUCGGCCAAGGGUGGAGAUGCAUCUGCUAAGAAAGAUUUUCAUCCUUUUCUCAUCAAGGUUUCUUAG